AUGGCUCCCAUCAAGGUUGGCAUCAACGGUUUCGGCCGUAUCGGUCGCAUUGUCUUCCGCAACGCCGUCGAGCACUCCGAUGUCGAGAUCGUUGCCGUCAACGACCCCUUCAUUGAGACCAAGUACGCUGCCUACAUGCUCAAGUACGACUCCACCCACGGCGUCUUCAAGGGCGAGAUCACCGAGGACGGUUCCUCCCUGACCGUCAACGGCAAGAAGGUCAAGUUCUACCAGGAGCGUGACCCCGCUGCCAUCCCCUGGAGCGAGACCGGCGCCGACUACGUCGUCGAGUCCACCGGUGUCUUCACCACCACCGACAAGGCCGCCGCCCAUCUCAAGGGUGGCGCCAAGAAGGUCAUCAUCUCCGCCCCCUCGGCUGAUGCCCCCAUGUACGUGAUGGGUGUCAACGAGAAGACCUACGACGGCAAGGCCGACGUCAUCUCCAACGCCUCGUGCACCACCAACUGCCUGGCUCCCCUCGCCAAGGUCAUCAACGACAAGUUCACCAUCGUUGAGGGUCUCAUGACCACCGUCCACUCCUACACCGCCACCCAGAAGACCGUUGACGGUCCCUCCGCCAAGGACUGGCGUGGUGGCCGUACCGCUGCUCAGAACAUCAUCCCCUCGAGCACCGGUGCCGCCAAGGCUGUCGGCAAGGUCAUCCCUGAGCUCAACGGCAAGCUCACCGGCAUGUCCAUGCGUGUCCCCACUGCCAACGUCUCCGUUGUUGACCUGACGGUCCGCAUCGAGAAGGCCGCCAGCUACGACACCAUCAAGGCCGCCAUCAAGGAGGCCGCCGCUGGUGACCUCAAGGGCAUUCUGGCCUACACCGAGGACGACGUUGUCUCCACCGACAUGAUUGGCAACGAGAACUCCUCCAUCUUUGACGCCAAGGCCGGUAUCUCCCUCAACGACAACUUUGUCAAGCUCGUCUCCUGGUACGACAACGAGUGGGGCUACUCCCGCCGUGUCCUCGACCUCCUGGCCUACAUUGCCAAGGUCGAUGCCGGCAAAUAA